GCGACCGACCUGUUGCCUAGCAACGAACAAUGGGAAGCGAGCAAACUUUUAGCACUUAUGCUAGCUUAAAUCAUGUUUUUAACUAACUUAUCAUAACACUACAUAGAAUGCAGACCUACGUCUGUAUCCACGACAGCCACGCACAAGUGACUACCACCAGUAAUGACAGGAGAUUUCAGAGAUUUUGAAUCCUGUGUAAAGAAGUGGAGAUGAUAACCCCUGGUGAGAGGAGCACAAAAACUACAGUCCUACCCACCAGUCCUACCCUGGACCUGGUAUCUCAAGGGACUGAGACAACAAAGAAGCAAACACCUGAAAAACAGAUUGUGCUCAAGCAGAAUGUGGCGCAACCUUUGGGCAAGAUCAUUUUCUUCGAGAACGUGCAGCGCUUGUUCACUCAUGGACUCCAUCGCCUGCAGCAUUUCCCCUGCAGCAGCCCUGUGCGUUUCAUGAUGUAUUCUGAGGCCUCUGCAGCGUUCAUUAGCCUCCACUCAGACAACACAGUCUGCCUUUACAAAACUGAUAGCUGCAAGCAGAAUUUCUCAACACACUUGCCUUACAUGGGCUUGACUGCUGCGAAGAUCUUAGGCUUUGUGGUGGGAUGGGGCCCCGGGCCAGUCUUCACACGUCUGGACAGCGAGUUACGGCCACUGAAGGCUGCUCACGAUGCCUUGGACAUACGAGUGUGUCAGGCUGCAGAGCACUCCACAGAGUUGGUGACUGCAGGUGUGGGGAAUGUGUGUGUGUGGUCGGUGAUGUUCAUGAGGUGUAAGGUGAAGAUACAGGAGGGGCUGCAGCACAGCUCCUUCAACCACAUGGCACUGGCCCCUCCACGAUCCGACAGGCCCCACAGAGCCUUUGUUGCAUGUGGAGAGGUCGUGACAGUGGUCGACCUCGAUGCCGGGAAGGUUUUGGAGCAAAGGCAGACGGUCUACAAAUGCGACGUCACGGCAAUGGUGUACUGCUCUCAACUGGACUGUUUGAUCAUUGCUUACAAAGACCUGUCCAUUAGAGUGUGGAGUCCAGGCUGGAAGCUACGUGUGGCUUUUUCAGGACAUAAUGAUGUGGUGAAUUCCCUGUUCUACUGCUCUGAGUUGAGCACGCUGGUGUCAUCCUCAGUGGAUUGUACAAUUCGUUGCUGGAAUGUAGAAGAGUGUGAUGCAGUCGAUUGCAUCCACACAGAGCAGAAAAACGCUCCGUUGUGCAUCGGAGGCACCAGAAGAGGAGACAUCUUCUUCUCUUUUUCACACGAAGGGGUUGACUUUUGGACCAUCAGAACUUUAUACACCCUCCACUGUCAACUGAGAGCGGAUAAAGGUGCUCCACUGAGACAGAUCCUAGUGUCAUCCCUGCCUGCUCCUUACCCUACACGAGUCCUCUGUGUCAGUGACGACAGCGAUAUCACUCUUGUGGCUUCAGAAACAGGAGCAGUGUUGACCUCUUUCAAGGCAGAGAACAAGAUUGUAUGUGCUGACUACUGCAUGCACAAAGAGAUUCUGCUGGCCUUAACAGAGGCAGGUACAGUGCUCCAAGCCAACACACUCACUAAUCCAAUCACUUUGAUGCGAGAGUGGGAAGGCAGAGGUCAGGGGCCCUGGCAGCAGAGGGACUGUGUGACAGAAAAUGAUGCCCGGAGUCUGCCGAUCCCUGGCCCAGCUUGCUGUCUGGUUCUCUACAGUUGUGUGCCAGAAACAGAGAGAGCUGUAGAGGAGUGGAGGAGUUUACAAGACAGGAGGGGCUGCAGUCAGAGGAACAAGGCAGCGCUGGAUGAUGACAAGAAUAAGUUUUUGAUCAUUCUUGGCCAAAAUGGAGGCUGUGUGAGUGUUCUGAAAAUGAAGGAUGGGAAAGUCUCAUACAGGACUCCAGCACACAAUGGACAAAGAGUCACCACAGUGCAGGUGUAUCCUGAGAACAACUACCUCCUCUCCACAGGCGAGGACUCGACAGUGAUGGUGUGGAGAGUAAACCCUUACAUCAGGGAGUGUCUCACCAAACACCUGAGCGUGCACUGUGGUCAGCCUCAAGUCUACAUGGCAGCUCUGGGUCCUCAGCUGGCCCUGACGUUUCAAGAGCCCAACAGUGGCUUCUACAGGCUGAAGCACUUCAGCCUACUCAACCAGAGCCAGACAGAUUAUCAGCCCACAGAAGGACAUUCAGACCACUGCACAGGACUGUGUGUGUUUCCUGAUCUGGAGAUGUUUGUUUCCAGCAGUCUAGAUAAGACGAUGCAUAUUUGGAACAAGGAGAAUCACCUCAUCAGGACACUCCAGCUGAAUGCAGCCCCUGAGUGUCUUGCAUAUGGUGGGUUUGGAGGAGAACUGUUCCUUGGCAUCAGAGGUGAUCUGUACAGGAUGAACUGUGCAAAGCUGCUUCCACAGAACUACAGACAAACACUCCCUUACUCUCAUUGUGUCGCGCCUCCUCCUGACUUGCCUAUCCCAGAGACUGAAGAAACAUACAACCAAACAAAGAUUUUGAGCAAAUCCACAGAUGAAGAGGAAUCACAAGCAAUCGCCAGCAAUCAGUUACUGACUGAGCCAGAACAGAAGGAGAGCUUGGUGGCCCCAAGCAUGGACCUAGCUGCACUCCUGCAAGGCACAGUUAAAUGCAAAAAAGGGAAGCCUCCGAGUACGGCACAAACCAAGAAAGAGGCCUUUGAUUGCUACAUGAAAAAAAUAUAUGGCCUUCCACUCAAAAUUAAGGUUUUUUUCUACUCUCCUAAAUCCACAGAUUUUACUUGUUCAUCUUCAGUUUCAACAAAAUGCAGAAUUAAUCAACUUCAAGCUUUCCUUGAACCAGCGCCGUGUACAGCAGACUUUGUAGGACACCCACCUCUAAAUGUUAAUUUGGAGGACACCUUUGAUGAAUCUUCAUUUUAUUCUGAACUAAAUGAGAUCAGGCCUUGUGACUUUCAUACGGUAAAGAAGGACGUUGGCCCUAAACACAACGUUCCUACAAGAUCUGUGGAGAAGAAUACCAUGGAGCAAAAUGUACAACUACUGAAGAAAAAGAUUCCAGCAAUUGAAAUAGAAGUCAAGCCACCACCUGUUAAGAGAGUCAUACCCAAAAAACCUGACAUUGUGGAGGAGGAAGAAGAGAUAAGACCUCCAGAGGUCAUUUCUCCAGUAGAGCAACCCAAACCCCAAACGGCUCCUCCUGCUCCUGCUCCACCUCGUCCUGAUCCUCAACCCAGUCCUCGUCCUCGUUUUAUUCCCAUGAGCCCAGCACCACCUCCACAGAGAGAACCCUCCCCUGAAGUGCCAACAUUUCUCAAACAGUUUGCAGAGAUGGAGUGGUUUAUGGACUUGUUCCCUGAUAGAAAGAGUAUCCACGGCAUCCUGUCUCCAGAGGACUUCUCCCUGCUGCUGAUGAACCAUCUGCAAACCUGCAGCAUCCUAUCCAAAAUAAAGAUCCUCGCUGCAGUGCAGAUCCUGCACAGCCAGGGGCUCUUACAGAAUACAGACAAACUUUACCAAGGCCUCAUUGACUGUCUGCACAAAUUUGCACAACAUGACAUGUCGCCUUUGGAACGAAUUAUGCUGGCUGACAUGUUAAAGCUGUUGGUGUGCCUAAGAUCUGCUAGUUUGGAUCUCAUGAAGACGCUUCUAACUCUGCUAGCCUAUAAAAAACUAGGCCUAUGGGAGACGGUAAUGCGCAUUCUGACAGAAUUAGGUGUGGAUGAGGCUAAACAGUGGCUGUGGAACGAGUUGGAAAGCUGGGACUCGAAGCUGCAGGAUGAGUCGGACCCCUGGAAGAGCCUCUAUGACACUGCAGAUUGGUGGUUGGAGUUAUGGAUCUCCAAAUACAAAGAGCAUAACAAGUAUCUGUACAUCAGGAGUACAGCAAAUUGGAAACCCUCAACCUUCAGCAUGGUGGAUGUGCUGAAUUAUUUCUGCUCUGUGCAAAAAGAGGAGCACAGUAGAGCCAGAUCUGUUGCACCUGCUGGCCGCAAAAACACAGUGCUUUUGCCUUUGUAUGACUGUAGUUCCCAACCAAUCUUUCGUCUAGGAGAGACGUACAGCAUGGCCAGGACACGCAGGCUGCCAGGUAUAAGUCUGCCUCCUCUGCGAAAUCGUCCCUUCCUGAUGAACUUCCCCAGUUUCAUCUGUUUGCCGUUACCUCGAGUCACUCUAAGCCCAUUUCAAACAUACUCAGACGAGGGCUGGGUGAGGAGCUCGACUCGACGCUACUUCAUUCAACGUCACUCCUGGGUAGAGUACUACAGAUGAUGCUUCUCAGCAUGCAACAGUCUGUAGCAGUCUAACACCUGUAACACACUUGAAACCAUUUUCAACAAUUACACAGCUCUCAAAA